AUGUCUCAAUCAAUUCUGAUCCCGCGCCCAGUACUGCAGGCUCUCCUCGCUGAGCUCGACAUGUGUUACGAAAUGUUUGGUCCAACUAUGCAAAAUGAUGUCCUGCCUUCCGCCUGGUUCCGUCCUCUCCUUAUCACCCACGCCAAUGGUGCGGAAAACAUUCGCCUCGACAAUGACGACGUCCGGAGACUGGUUAUCAGAAGCACCACGGCGCUGAGAGGAGCGAUUUUUCGGUUCCACGAAAGAGCGGAUGAAUAUCUUUGUGCACUUCGAUCUCUGCGUACUGAGAGAAGCAGGGUCGACGACAUGCUUGCAAGAAACAGGGAACGGGAUCACUCCAGACUAUUGCGCCUUGCUACAAGCAACGCCAGGAUUGAGAGAAUCUCGGCGAAUGAAAACCUACUGAACCUGGAUGGGUGCAUCAUGGGGUAUAGGGAGAGCCAUGAAAGAUGGCCGGGAGACGAACGCCCAUCAUUCAGGAACGACGACGAUGUUGGAGGGUAUUCUGGUCACCGGAGAGUCGAGCUGGAUGCUGUCCGACGAGAGGACCCUAACUUUGAGGCGGAAUCGACGAUGCUAUAUGAGUCGUGA